CAACGCUUGAACUAUGCGUGCAACCGACGAGGCUGGCCCGUCGAAGGUCGCCAAGCGCCCGCCCGCGACGCUGUUUGCGCCCAAUAUUAUCGAGGCGAUUGCGCGCUGCAUACUCUGCCCGCAUGCACUGCUUUUGUACCUGCGCGCGCAGCCAGCGCGCGCGUUGUCGCCAGCGCUCUGCAGUCUCUUGGCGCUGGCGGCGACGACGCCGAGCAUGCACCUCUGGCCUCGCCUCGUCCUCGCAUCGACCAAUGACGACGACACCUGCCAUUACGUUGCGCUUAUGGGCCUUGUUCCAUCCACCGCGCUGCUCGAGCGCAUCGCGCCAGGCUCUGUGCUUGGCCGCGCGAUCGUCGCGCACGCAACCAAGCUCCAUGUCGCCAACCUCGCGACGCUCGACCACAUUGCCAACGCCGUCGACGCAUACGCCGCACAGAUCAUCGGCAUCGAGCUGAAAUCGACGCGCGCGCUGCCGCGUACGACGACGCGCUCCGACUUGGGUGCGUGCUUGACCUCGUGCACGCACCUCCAGACGCUCACACUGCGCGUGCCGCUCGAGAGCCUUAGCCUCGUCGCAUUGGCGCUCACAAGCAAGCACACGACACUGUGCUCUUUGCACCUUACGCUGUUUGAGCCGCGCGCAAAAAGGAUACCUCCCAGCGCGGCCGAGAGCGACGAGGCGGUGAGCUUGGUUACGCCUUUGCAUCAGAUUCCGAGCGUGCACGUGGGUAUCGACGGCCUCGCCGCGCUGCCUGCGCCGCUCCAUACAGCGAUGCGGGACCUUGCGUCCAUCAACAGUGUGUAUUUGGGGCGAUCUAUCGAGCCGACGACGACGGUCUUGGAUGGGACGCCACUGCCCGUGCUAUGGCGCAGUCUCAUGCUCGACGCCAUGGAGCUCGACGCAGUCCAAGGCACCAAUGUCGCGGCGACGCUGGAAGACGCAGCGCUGUCACGCCUUGUGCUACGUGGCUUUUCCUCAUUGCCAGUGCUGCUGCCGACACUGCCGACUCUUUUGCAGCUGCGGGCAUUGAGGAUCGAAGCCGUGGCCAUCCCAGACGCACAGGAUCUUGCUAGUGCGAUGAGCCACCUCUCGCUGCUCUCAGAAUUCGUCGUGCGGCAAGCCGAGCUGUCGGACGCGUCGCUGUCGACGCUGACGGGCGCGUUCCAUCGAGACGAGGGCUGUGGCCGGUACCUCACACACCUCGAUCUCAGCAGCAAUGCGCUUUCGUCGCUUGCCGCCGUCGUGUCGGCCUUGCCCAAGCUGCCGACGCUGCGGUACUUGGACGUGCACGACAACCAGAUUGGUGCAGCUCACAUGGCAUCGUUUCAAACGGCGUUGAGGGCGCACCCCACGCUGCAUGUACUCGAUAUCUCAAGGAAUGGUCUUGGCACUGACGGCGUCGUGACGCUGCUGCGAGGCGCCAAGCUACAACUGCACGUGAACGCCUCCGACAAUGGCCUCGAUCUCGACGCGUGUUAUAUCGCGUUGCACGAGCUCAAGAAACACCGCGAUCGCAUUUUGCUCGACGAGACGGCGCUAUGGAAUGUCCCAAUACCGUUUGAAUACAGUUGGACGCCGUAAGAGACCACUUGCGUCAUUUUCACCCACGAGACUUAUAGGUCCCAAUCGCAUAAGUCUCGGUGUCAGUCGAGUCACGUGAGACACCCAGAGGCACCUCUCUCUUCUUUCCUUUGUCAAGAAGCUAUCCUACGGCGCUCGUAGCGUUGGGUCGUUGCUUCUUGCGACUUGGACUGCAUUUCCACCUCAAGUGUGGCAGCAAAAGCAACACAUAUAACAUGCUACGUUGUGG